UCUAUCUUCAAUCUCGCUCCUCUUUUGCUUCUCCCUUCUCCCUUCUCCCUCCUCCAUUGCCAGAUCGCAUAUUGACUUGACUCCCGCCUCUCGCCCUCUCUCUUCCCGCCGCAUGAACAUGGUGCAGCCGCGUCUGGCGCCGUAUGUCAGACGGGCCUUGCGCAGCUCCAGGGCAUUCCACUCCUCCCCCAGAAGCUAUGCGCCCGCACCUCUGUCCGUGGCACAUCUCUUGGAUACGCCCCCGCCAGACCCAGACAAUGUGACAGUCAAUGGGUUUAUCCGGUCAAUCAGGAACCAGAAACAGAGGUCUUUUGCUUCAGUCGGGGACGGCUCGAGUCUCGAGCCCCUCCAGGCUCUUCUCACACCCGAACAAGCUCAAAAUCUAUCGACGGGGACGGCCGUGCGACUUACCGGUUCCUGGAGACCGUCGCCGAAUCCGAAAGCCCAGAGCCACGAGCUCCAUGUUGUAGGAUUGGAUAUUCUUGGAUCAGCCGAUUCUGCCACGUUCCCAUUGCAGAAGAAAUACCAUUCGCCUGAGUUCCUUCGGACGAUACCACACCUUCGGACACGAACCCCUUUCAACUCCACCUUGCUUCGUUUUCGAUCACAAAGUAUAGCACAGGUUACGGAUUUUUUUGCCGGCCGGGACUUUACACAGACGCAUCCUCCUAUAAUUACAUCCUCGGAUUGUGAAGGUGCAGGAGAAGUAUUCUCGGUCGAAACGGCAGAGAAGGGGCGAGCUACGGCAGAAAGCGAUGGGUCGUUCUUCAGAUCACCGAAAUACCUAACAGUCUCGAGUCAAUUGCAUCUAGAAGCUCUGGCACAGUCUGUGGGCAGCGUUUGGACGCUUUCUCCAACCUUCCGAGCAGAGAAGAGCGAGACUGCUCGGCAUCUGAGUGAGUUCUACAUGCUCGAAGCGGAGGUCAACUUCGUGGAGGAAAUGGAAGAAGUCAUGAGCCUGGUUGAGGAUAUGCUCCGACACCUGACCAAGGGACUAUACAACUCGCGAGUAGGACAAGAGUUAUUACACGGCAAACGAUCCGGCGAUCAGGCGGAGGAGGCCUCGAAGCGAUCCGAGGAAUUGGAGCGUCGGUGGCAAGGCAUGAUGAGUGAGUCCUGGCCGAGGAUAACGUAUACAGAAGCCAUAUCGCUGCUUGAACCGCAUUCGGAGAAAUUCGAACACGUCCCGAAAUGGGGAUCUGGUCUACAAGCCGAGCAUGAGAGAUUCAUUGCCAGCACGGUCGGUAAUGGCCAACCGGUCUUCGUCACCAACUACCCGAAAGCCAUCAAACCGUUCUACAUGCUCCCAUCAUCAACCGACGGAUCGCGGGAGACGGUCGAUUGUUUCGAUCUGCUCGUCCCCGAGGUAUGCGAGAUUGUCGGGGGAUCGAUGCGUGAGCACCGCUUGGAGCCGCUCCUUUCUAGCAUGCGGGAACACGGCCUGAUCCCGCCCAAUGCAUCGUCCGCAGAAGACCUCGGGACUUUGAAAUGGUACAUUGACCUCCGACGCUGGGGCAGUGUUCCCCACGGCGGAUUUGGUCUUGGCUUCGACAGACUGUUGGGAUACUUGUCGGGGGUGCCGAACAUCAGGGAGAUCGUGACGUUCCCACGGUGGGUAGGCCGAUGUGACUGUUAGUUAAGCAGCCAGCACGCCAUGUACUUAUAGAUAGAGAAUGUAUGUAUUAUAAUUCAGGAUCCCAACGCACCCC